AUGGAAGACGCCGAGCUCGAAAAGAUCCGUAAGGCUCGCCUCGAACAGCUCAAAUCCCAAAGCGGCGGCCCCUCCUCCCUCGGCAAAGCUGGCGGUGGUGGUAACGCAGGUCCCAGCAAAGAAGUCGAAGCCGAAGCCCGCAAGUCCAUCCUCAACCAGAUCCUCCACCCCGAAGCGGCCGACCGGCUGGGGCGAAUCAGACUAGUCAAAGAGCAGCGCGCGACCGACGUCGAGAACAGGCUCAUCAUGCUCGCUCAGACGGGGCAGUUGCGGUCCAAGGUGACGGAAGAACAACUGAAGGAGCUGUUGAAUGCGGUGGCGGACACGGAGAAGGAGGAGAAGAUUGUUGUUGCGAGGAGGAAGGGGUGGGAGGAUGAUGAUGAUGACUUGUUUGAUCUUUAA